UUCGCGCCACCGCUGGGCUCCGAGUCCCUCCGCGCAGGCGGGCGGCCCCGGAGAGCGCGAGCCUGCGACGCGGAGCCCCUCAUCAUGAACAGAGGCUUCUCCCGGAAGAGCCACACAUUCCUGCCCAAGAUCUUCUUCCGCAAAAUGUCAUCCUCGGGGACCAAGGAUAAGCCCGAGCUGCAGUUUUCCUUCCUGCAGGAUGAGGAGACGGUGGCCACGCUGCAUGAGUGCAAGACGAUGUUCAUCCUGCGCGGCCUGCCAGGGAGCGGCAAGACCACACUGGCCCGGGCCAUCGUGAGCAGGUACCACGACGGCACCAAGCUGGUGUCCGCCGACGACUACAAGAUCACCCCUGGCGCUCGGGGGGACUUCUCGCAGCAGUACAAGCAGCUGGACGAGGAGCUGGCUGCCUACUGCCGCCGGGACGCCCGCAUCAUUGUGCUGGACGACACCAACCACGAGCGGGAGCGGCUGGAGCAGCUCUUUGAAAUGGCCGACCAGUACCAGUACCAGGUGGUGAUGGUGGAGCCCAAGACGCCGUGGCGGCUGGACUAUGCCCAGCUCAAGGAGAAGAACCAGUGGCACCUGUCGGUCGACGACCUGAAGAAGCUGAAGCCUGGGCUGGAGAAAGACAUCCAGCCGCUCUUCUUCGGCUGGUUCUUGACCAGGAAGAGUUCCGAGAACCUCCGCAAAGCUGGCCAGGCCUUCCUGUCCGAGCUGGGCAACCACAAGGCGUUCAGGAAGGAGCUCCGACACUUUGUCCCUGGCGAUGAGUCCAGGGAGAAGAUUGAUCUGGUCACCUACUUCGGGAAGAGACCCCCGGGUGUGCUGCACUGCACCACCAAGUUCUGCAACUACGGGAAGGCUCCUGGGGCAGAGGAGUAUGCCCAGCAGGAUGUGGUGAAGAAAUCUUACUGCAAGGCCUUCACGCUGACCAUCUCUGCCCUCUUUGUGACACCCAAGACAGCUGGAGCCCGGGUAGAGCUGAGUGAGCAGGAGCUGCCCUUGUGGCCAAGUGACGUGGACACGGUGGUCCCCUCUGACAACCUGCCCCGGGGCAGCCGCGCCCACAUCACCCUUGGCUGCGCCGGUGAUGUGGAGGCCGUGCAGACAGGCCUUGACCUCCUAGAUAUUGUGCGGCAGGAGAAGGGGGGCAACCGAGGCGAGGAGGUGGGUGAGCUAAGCCGGGGCAGGCUCUACAACUUGGGCAGUGGGCGCUGGAUGCUGAACCUGGCCAAGAAGAUGGAGCUCAAGACCAUCUUCACAGGGUACUAUGGGAAGGGCAAGCCUGUGUCCACACACAGUGCCCAGAAAGGCCGUGCCAUGCAGUCCUGCACCAUCAUCUGAGUGCCCUCACUGCCAUGUGCCCCUCGAUCUUUAGAAGGGAAGGGGGAGGAGGGGGACGUGCCCCCAGCUUCAUCUGAUUUUUUUUUUUUUACUCAAAGUUAACCUUCCUGUAACUUUUUAAAAAUGUGUAAAAUAACUGCCCUUUUCCUACCCACUGUUUCCCCUCUAACACUCAAGUUGUCAACACAAGCAGGGGGUUGUGGGUAGGCAACAUUCAGGAACCUGGACCAAAGCUGAUGAGGCUGGGCCGAAUGGGCCUGGCGCUGCAGCCACAACCCAGCCCUGCUUCCAGUUACUGGUGCCCCAGCUCCUGCCCUGUCCACGGCCCUAUCCAAAGCUGCAUGGACCCCCAGGGCGGGCAGGACAGCUGUGGGAAACUAGUGUGGGCUUGAGAGGGAGGAUCCCUGGGCUUUGAUCCCAUUUCUUAAUCAGUACAGCCCCAAGAAGGCCGGGGCUACUUAUCAGGGUAGAAAAAGGGGGUUACCUCCCACCUUUGGUCCAAAGUGCCUGUCCCUGCUUUCACACUGUAACUAGGUAACAGUCUGGUAACUAGGGAAGAAAACAGUAAGAAGCAGCCGUAUCCAGGCUGGCUACUGGCCUUGCCCUGGCCAUCCUUCCCAGUGGUCUGGCCAUGUGGAUGGGAGAUCGAGGCCAGAGACAGGACCUCGGUGGGGAAGCUCCAGUCUUGCUGUCUGUCCGGCCCAUCUUGCCUCCUCGGUGCCUCUGGGGGCCUCUGUGCCUCCUCUAAAGGGGGUUGGUGGGUACCAAGAGCCAAUGCAGCAGACUCCUGCUGUUAAGGGCCAAGCCCCUCCCGGUGCCUCUGGAAGGGGUUAACACUGCUACAUGUGCUGUGAUUCCUGGGGUGCCCUCCACUCGCCUCUGCUCAGUAACAGGACCUUGCUAAUCAGGUUGUCACUAGACAAAAGUGCUUGGGAUUUAAGUUACUAUCCUGGCUUUGCCCAACCUCAGCAACUUGUAAGACUGAUAAUGAAAUAAAUCAUGUUAAUCCGAGCCGUGUGCCGUCUCUCUCACCCUUCUGUGCCCAGCUCAGUCUUCCUGGGGCAAGGGCUGGGUGUAUUAGGACUGGCUUUGUCCCACAGCUUGGGGCCAUCGGUCCUGUCUCCCCUCUGCUGGCUGGGCACAGCUGUGGUGAGGCUGGGCAGCUGAACAGUGCUGGCUUUCAUGAGCAGGCAGAAAGGAGAGGUUGGCCUAGGGUGCACACAGAAAGUGGGGGUUGGCUGGGUAGAGGGCUAUACAGCACAGGGCCUGCUGUCACCCCAUUAAGCGUGACAGCUUUGGCAGGUAUGCCAAAGCCUAAUCCAACUCAAGGCUUCUCAGUAAGACCCAAAGUUCUUAGUUGGGUUCCCCAAAAUCCCUAAGGCAGGCUCCCCUUGCUCAGUGCUACUUCAAACAUGGGAAGACCUGACAUUUGAAUCUCUUCCAGGCACAACAGGCACUUGAAUGGCUAUAGGGGGAACUUAUAGGCUGACUCAAUCAUUUCAUCCUGACCUUGGCACUAAGGGGGAAGUCUGGAAAGAAAGGUAAUCCUUUCUUAUCUAAUCCUAACUAUUUAGGAUUGAUUGAAGGUCUUUCACUGGCCACAUCUACUACCAAAGCACCAAAAGUCAAAGCCUCUGUCUGCCAGGAAACCCUAAGAUUACUCACCAUGAAUAUACUAAGUUUGACUUAAACAGCAUGACAGAUGACACUGUUUUUCUCCCCAGCUGGCCUCCCAGGCAGAAAGGGCAACCACUGGAGAAGGCAGGGAGCACUUGCUAAGAAUGUGAGUGACCCACUAUCUGAAUCAAUGUUAGUGAUAGCCCACACCUGGUGAGGGUCUGGGUAUCAGGGAGGCAGGAUUUAUCCCUGGCUUCAGCUUCCUCCAGACUCUACUGGCAACAGGAACCAUGCAAACCUGUGAUAAUCUCCUAGGUCAGCCCAGCCUGGCAGUGAGCAGACACUUACACCCUGUGUGAGCUCUGGACACGAGGCUUCUAUGAUUUCUGGUGGCCUCACCAUAAGAUCAGCAACUUUUCUGAUGACUCCCAUGACUGCCCAAGCUUGGCACAGCAGCACUCCCAGGCCUGCUCAGCACACACAUGCUCGACAGGUUUGGCAGUGGCAGCAAGCACCCACUUGCCAACAGCUUCUGGGGCCCACACCCCUUGGGGAGCAGCUCGCUGAGCGUGAAGUUCAAGUCAGCAUCCAUUCCAUGCUGGG